GUACCAACUCCCUCAGCAAGAUCGCCACCUCCCAGUUGGGACUUCCAAGCCUUCGGUCCCCCUGCAGCCCGGGAGCCUCGCCGAUGGGCACGCCCAAGGGAGGAGCCCGCAGGUUAUCUUGCGACUACGAGGACGCCUGCGCGAAGAUGGGCCUGCUGCCGAAGUAUUCUCGUGCAGUACAGGAGCGUCGUGAGAGCAAUCUCUUGGACUUGAGUGGCCUCGGCUUCGGAGACCUGCAGCUGCAGGCUUUGCUCAAAGACCGGCUGCUGCUGCCCCUGCAAAGCGUCUCCCGGUUUCGGCUGCGCGACCUGCGGCUCAGCGGUGGGGGCUUCGAGGCAUUUAUGGCGAAGCUGCCGGACCACACCGAGAUGUUGGACCUUUCGCGCAACGAGGGUGGGCCACGGGGAGCCACGGCAGUCGCAGCAAAGCUGCAGCUUGGGUUGCCACAGCUGCGGUGGCUCGACCUGUCUUUGACUGGGCUCAAGGAUGCUGCCGUGACCUGCUUAGCCAGCAGCUUGCUGUGCUGCCCCUUGCUGGUUCGACUGGAGUUGAACCACAAUCAGAUUGCAGAAGGCCAUGCCUUGGGUCAGCUGCUGGGCAAGCAUCCAAGGCUUGCCCGGCUCGCGCUGCACGGCAACUCCCUCUGUGGCCACGCGGGGGCCGCACUGUUCAAUGGUGUCAAGCAGAAUGCCAGCAAAGGUGGGCAGAUCGCAGACCUGGAUUUAGCAUGGAAUCACCUCGGUGAUGCCGGCGCUGUCUCUGGGGCGGAGGCGCUGGCCGAGGCGUUGCGGGUGUCUGUGACCCUCUAUCACCUGGACCUGAGCUACAACAACCUGGGAGCUGCCAGUUGCCAGGUCAUUGCGCAGGGCCUGCGUGACAAUCAUCACCUCUAUGGGCUGCACAUUGUGGGGAAUGCCGCCACCAUCGAUGCCGAUGGUUUCGUGAGCCCCAACCACGAGGCGGUCCCAACGCAAAAGAUGAUCCCCUUGCCACGAGGACGCAAGGCGCAGCCGCAGCUCUUCGGGGAGCUUCGACAGGGGAACGAGGAUCGACUUGGUGCCUCUGCCAGGCCCAGCACAGCAGAGGCACAAGGACAGCAGGACGUGGGGACGUGCGUUUGGUCGGACGAGGACGUGCUACGUGAGCGUGACGUUCUGGAGCAGCAAACGACAUGCUGGGCCUGCGAAGGGUGGGAGCGACAUGAGCUGGUUUGGAUGCCGGCAGAAGGUGACCCGAUUCCAAAGGCCGUGUGGGCCUUCACGUCCAUUGACGGCUUCCGUGCCGGCUUGAGAUUGAAAGAGGAGAAGAAGAACGGAGAGCGGCAGACCGGAAACCGGUUCGUGGCCGCCCGGAUGAUUCCCAGGAGCUGCAGAGUGCUGGUCAUUUUCCAGGUGGACAGUGCUCUGAGACUUCCUGCCGGGUGUGAGAUCGAAGACCUCGCCACGCCCAUCGAGAUCGAGCUCCGCGCCUGCGAGGAGCUUCCGAUCUUGGCCCCACCUCCGGAUCAGGAGGUGGUGGUCCAAGAAAGCCGGCACGUGGGCAAAGCUUUGGAACAUCGGCUUGUGCUGAGGACCCCCAGAGCGGCCUUGCUGCGCUCUGCGCUGAGCGCUCUGGGGACGGGCUGCGCCCAGCGCAGUGUCCUCCUUGAUGGCCCGGAAGGAACCGGACCAGUGCAGAUGCCACGCAUCACAGAAACCGAGUUUCGCAUGAGAACGAAGCUCCCGCGCGGCCCGGCCUUCUACGUGUCCUUCCGCCGGGAGUCUGAGAAAGUCGUUCAGGAGUGCUUCCUGCUCGACUGGUCAAGGGCCAAAGUCGCCCGGUUGGUGAGCAAAGAUCCGGACCGGCAAGACACGCAGCAGUUGCUCGCAUCGAACUACCGGAAGCUCGUUGCUUUGUACCGCGACCUCUCCUGCGUCGGGACAACUGGGGAGACUGGCUUUGGCGUGACGCAGCUGGAGGCCUCUGCGCUGCUUACCCAAGCCGGUCUCGUCGACGAGACCACCAGGGUGUCGGACAUAGACCGGUGCUUCAUUGCAGCCAAGGUGUUGCCAGUGGACAUGCGCAAGGCAGGUGUGCGGCUUGCAAAUGACAAGGUACUCAAUCGCCAUCAAUUUCUGGAGUUACUUCUGAGAGUGGCCGAUCAGCGCUACGUGCAGACAGGCCGUGUGAAGAGCGUCUCGGAGGCCCUGUCACAGGUUUUGGAGCCGUUGCUCCCUGUCGGACAGGCCAGGGUGGCCGAAGUGGAUGCCAUCCUUGACGCUCUUCACACCGAGGAGGUAGAUGAUGUGAUGAAGAAGUACCACGCCACGCUGCAGGAGGUUUAUCGUCGAUUCAGUGGCCGCGUCACGCCCCCCGGCGUCGCAAAGUUCAUGUCCUUCGGUGAGUUCCAGGAUCUCUUGGAGUCCUCGCACUCGCUGACGGCAGAGUUUACGCAGAGGAGAAUCGGCUUCGCCUUUCGCCUAGCAAUGAUGACUCAGCCUGAAGAAAUGCUGAAAACCCGCUUCCAGGAGAUGAACUUCGUGGAGUUCCAGCAUGCGGUGGGUGUCGCUGCUUUCCUUCGCCAAUCGGCGAGCGGCCAGGCCGCCUCGCCGGAUGGAGUGGAGGGAUUUAUCCGCGAGAAGCUGGUGCCCAUGGCUCGUCGCUGA